AUGUCCACCACCACCACCACCACCACCACCGCUGCCAGCACUUUCUCCAUGGGUGCCGGCACCUUUGAAAUUGACCUGGCCGCCCUGCAUGGCGCACACCGCGCCAAGCUGGCCGAGCGCAUGCAGGUCGACGCCUGGGCCGUCCUCGCCGGCGGCGUGCAGGCCACCCGCGAUGCCACCGACCAUGAGCCGCUCUUCCGCCAGGAGAGCUUCUUCCACUACCUGUUCGGCGUGCGGGAGGCCGGCUUCAUGGGGGCCGUGCAUUUGAAGACCGGGCGGUCGCUGCUUUUCGCCCCCCGGCUGCCCGAGGCGUACGCCGUCUGGAUGGGCACCAUCCAUCCUCCGUCGCACUUCGCCAGCCGGUACUCCGUUGACGGGGCCCACUAUGUUGAUGAGCUGGCCGCCGUGUUGAAGGCCGAGUCCCCGGCUGGCAGCGCCCCGCCCACGGUGUAUGUCCUGCACGGGGUCAACACCGACAGCGGCAACACCACCACCCCGGCCACUUUCGAGGGCAUCGAGGAUUUCCCGGUGAACCGGUCCACCGGCGGUGAUGGCCUGCACCACCACCUGGUGGAGUGCCGUCUGAUCAAGACCCCGGCCGAGGUGGAGCUCAUGCGCUAUGUCAACUCGGUCAGCUCGCGCGCCCAUGUCGAUGUCAUGAAGUGGGCCCCGACCGCGGUGACCGCCCCCGGCGGGCUGAAGGAGUACCAGCUGGAGGCGCGCUUCAUGCACUUCUGCUACCACCAUGGCGGUGCGCGCUUCAUGUCCUACACUUGCAUCUGCGGUGUCGGUGACCAUGGUGCCGUGCUGCACUACGGCCAUGCCGGCGCUCCCAACGAUGGGGCCUGCACUCCGGGGCAGAUGGCUCUGCUGGACAUGGGCUGCGAGUAUCAUGGCUACGCGUCGGACAUCACCUGCAGCUAUCCCAUGGGCGGGGUCUUCUCGGCCGAUCAGCGUCUCAUUUACGAUGCUGUCCUGGCCUCGGUCAAGGCCGUCGAGGAGGCCAUCCGUCCGGGCGUCAUGUGGCCGGACCUGCACAUCCUGUGUGAGACGGUCCUCGUUGAGCGCCUCCAGGCUGGCGGCCUCAUCAAGUCCGACACCCCUGCCCGUGAGCUGGUGGACCUGGGCGUGGCGGCUCUCUUCAUGCCGCACGGCAUGGGGCACCUGCUGGGCAUUGACACCCAUGAUGUGGGUGGCUAUCCGGCCCACAUGGACAACCCGGAGGAUCUGGUCCCGCGUGCCACGCGCCCCGGGCUCCGGUCGCUGCGCUGCGGUCGCCGCCUGCUGGCCAACAUGGUGCUGACCGUUGAGCCGGGGAUCUACUUCAUCGAGGCCAUCCUGCGCCCGGUGGUCGGGACCUCGGCCGCUGACGUGACCGGCUCCGACGCCCACCCCCUGGCCCAGUACCUGGAGACCGACCGCGUCCGUGCCCUGCUGGACUCCCGCUUCGGUGGCAUUCGCAUUGAGGACAAUGUUGUGGUCACCGAGACCGGGUGCGAGAACCUGACCGAUGUGCCGCGCGAGGUGGACGACAUCGAGGCUGUCUGCGCUGGCCGCCAGACCUGGGCCUUCCGCAACCGCCUGCCCGCGCACAAUGCUGCCGACUGAAAAAAAAAAAAAAGGAAGAAGACCCCUCCACCCUGGGCAAGCAGCGGGGGCUGCCGGAAAGCGACGGCCCGGCUGCAGCACAUGAUGCUGACAGGAAACCGCCCACCGCCGGUGUGGCCCCCGGCCUUUUCGGUCUCUUGUGGGUGUUCCCCUCUUGUUGCUUCUGCCCUCCCCUUUUUGCCUUUCCCUCGGGGAUGGCGGUGCUCCCGGCGUAAUAAAAAAAUGCCACGCUGCUGGCUCCCCUCCAGUCCCUCCUCACUCGCCCUGCAGACAAUCGCAA